AUGCUUCAAAGAUACUCAUUAAUAGCUAGAGCUAAAACCACUGUCUGUUCCCAGGUCAGAUACAACUCAUCAAUUGGGGAUAAAGCCAAAGAUAUAUUCAAUAAAGUCAAGGAACCAGUCAAAAACGCAGUUAAUGAAGCGACAAAAACAACAAAAGAACAAGCUGAAAAAGCUAAAGAAAUAGGAAAGGAAGAAAGUGCAAACUUAUUGAAUCAAUUCAAGAAUGAGAAAAAUAUCAAUUCUGAUGUUAUAAAUAAAUACAAGCAUUUAUUGGAAAAAAAAGCCAAAGAAUUAGGUAUUAACAAUUUAGAUGAAUUGAAAGAAAAAUAUAAAGAUGAAAUUGAAAAAGUUAAAUUCAAUUUAGGUGGUGUUGAUCCUUUGAAAGAGUUUAAGGAUUGGGAAAAACAACAACAUGAAGAAAAGCCCAAGGACGGAUCGGUAAUUAAUAUUAGUAAAGCAAAUAAAGAACAAGAACAAUUACCAUUUAAAGUUUUAAACGAUUUUAUUGAUGUUGAUAAAGCCAAAGAUUUACCAACUUAUGACAUUAAAGAAAUAUGGAAACACAGAUUUGCUAACAAGGAUAGAUCAUUACAUGCGACGUUAGAUUCUAAACAAUUUGCUGAUAUUUACGCUAAUGCUCAUAAAUAUCCUUAUUUUGUAUUACCUUUACCAAAACCACAUCAAGAUGGUCACGAGCUUGAAUUUGUUCAAUGGGCAUUCGUUGGACCAAAUACUACCCAUUGUUUAAUCACCACUUUAGCUGAAUACAAGAUUAAUCAAGAAUUUUCAAGACCCCAUACUAUUUUAACAUUCCAUCAAGAAUUCAAUCAUGAUAAAGACCUUGUUUUGAUGAAUGGUAUUUGUGAGAAGGAAAGUGGUUUAACUAUGCCAGAAGCACAUUUACUUGUUUUGAAUUUGCAACAAUUCUAUGGAGGACAAUUUCCUGAAAAAGAAAAAUUGUUGAAAGAAUUUAAUGAAGGUAGUGAUGACUUUAGUGUUGAAAAAUUGAUUGAGAAUUCAACUACAAAUCUUUAA